AUGACACAAAAGAAGAAGAAAUCAGUACCUUCCAAACAUAUUCACAAAGGAAAAGGAGUUACGGAGCCAUCAAAGGAAGCAAAGCUUAUGGACGUUGUUGAUCAGGUUUUGGAAAACAUUGAUCAAAAGGAGCCGUACUUUAGGAUGAAGCAUCUCAAUCGUUCCAAGAAUGACCAAAAUUCCCAAAAAUUUCUCAUUUGCCAUCUGCUCCUUGAGGAAGGUAUAUUUUCCAUGUAUUGUUGUCCUUUAUCGUCGGUUCAACUGGUUGAGGAUGUACAGAAACUGGAUUUCCCAUUAGUUUCUGAACCACGACCGGAGACAAAGGGUCACAAAGUACCUGGUGAAAUACUCGCGCUGAAAAGUGGUUCCUGGAGAGUAAUCGAUGAAGAUCCUGGUCUCAUUCGCAAUGUGGUGUCUGGUAUGCAUUCUUUGGCAUUUGUGCACGGGGCAUUUCAUUGGGUCGGUAUUUCAGGAAAUUCCUUGAAAUAUUCAAUGGUUUCAUUUAAUAUUUCGCGUGAUGUGUAUGGAGAGAUACCAUUGCCAGAGCAAAUAUGCAUGAUAAGAGAUGUCAUUAAUAUUGGCAUUUCGGUAUUGGAUGGAAUGAUUUGUGCUUAUUCUAAUAUGGAUCAUCAAGGGAACGACACUUUUAGGUUAUGGGUAAUGAAAGACUAUGGUCUCACGGAAUCUUGGAAUGAAGUAUUUACUAUAGCAGAUCCCUAUAUUUCUAUGGCCACACCGAAAUAUAAGUUUGCAGAUGGUGAAGUGUUAUUCUGGUGCUUACAACGUGGGGAUAGUGUAUUUAGGACACAAAGAGAACGCUCUAAAUUAUGGCCUCGAGGUGUCUUUCAGAAUGGAUUCGCUUUUACAGAGAGCUUGAUCUCUCCAAAAUUACUUACUUAG